AUGGCAUCGCCAAGGUCGGAUUACUCACAGCGGUCUGGAGAGAGCCGGCGAAAGGUUGAAAAUUUUGAGCCCGUAACUUCAACACCGGCAAUAUCCGAUUUGAUGGCGCAAAAUCCGGCGAAUGCCAACUACACGAUGGAGUACAGGUAUCAUAGAAAAGUUGAGCGUCGGAGGAAUGUGGAUGAAAGACGGCGAAGAGUGGCCUCAUUGCCAAGACUCGCAGACGCCAGCACUUCGUAUCAAAAGUCGGAGAAUAACGAGGAUUUCGAGCGGAGUUCGAGUCGACUAAGUCAACAAAAAGCCUUCCAAAGUCAGCAAAGACUGAAUGGACACCGAGAAAAUUCAAAUGACGCAUCGAGAGGACUUCGAAGAACAGCAUCAAACCUUCAAGAAGCCGAAUACAUCUACUUUUCCCCAUACUUCAACAAAAAUGACGGCAGAUUCGCCUCAACAGCGGUGAAUACAAGCCAUAGAGACGGCAGAUAUAGCCGGAGUCAAAGCAAUUUGACGAAUUAUCAACGACCACCCACCAAUUUGAGUAUUCGACCGCGAAGAGAAGAGGUUCAAGUCCUCGCCGAAGAGUCCAAACGGAUCUAUCGCAAGGUUCAGCGCGUCAAACUGCUGAAACAAGCGUUGGAAGAGACGGAAACGGAGAAGUUGCGGCGAAUUCACGCCGAAAACGAACGAAAUUUGGAGCAUUUGGCUCGCUUAAAGGAAGCCGAGUACCUGAAACGCCGAACCGAAGCCCGGAAAGAGCUUCGCGUCUGGGAGAAACAUGACCGAUCGGUUUAUUUCCAGGCACAAGAACCGCGCCGACGAACGCCGGACGGACAGGCGCUCUCCGCCCGAGAGGCCCUGCUUCAGUGGGCGCGCCAAGCCACCCAAGGCUAUCCCGGAGUUCAUGUGCAGAACUUUGGCUCAUCAUGGAGGGAUGGACUGGCUUUUAAUGCGAUCCUGCACAGAUACCGACCGGAAACUGUGAAUUGGAAAUCGGUAAGAGGUUUUAUGAAAGUUUUAGGGGAGAAAAUUGAGUUUGAAGGGACAAAUGGGCCAAGUAGAUCCAAAAAGGUCUGAAAAAAGAUUAGAUUGAGCUGAAAUAUUGUAGUCAGGGGAGUGUGAGGCCUCGUGGAACUUGGACGAAUUUUGAGGGAAAAAUGAAGAAUUUUUGAAAUUUUUGCGGAAAGUUGUGGAAAUUUUGUCAAAAAAGCUUGUAGACUCGUCGAGGUUGGUUUCAAAUGGCCUGUAAAUUUUUUAUUAUGGGCUAGGGGAUAUCCUGGUAACUAUGGGAGAUAUUGAGAAAGGAUUUUUUCAUAGAAAAAUUUGGGAUUUUUUUUUAUUUUUGGGCAAAAAUUAAAAAAAAAAUUUUUUUUUGGAAAUUUAAAAUAUUUUUGGUUUUAAAAUUUUUUCAAAGGGGCUGAAAUAGUUUGCAAUAGCUGUUGUAUGACAUAACUUUCAUUCUCAAGUUGAAUUUCCUACAAUAACCGAUAUUAUUUUAGAUAAGCGACCGCUACGUUCCAGCCAGAGACCGCCUCCGCCACGCAUUCCAUGUGGCCGAAAAAGACUUUGGAAUUGGCCCACUACUGGAUCCAGAAGAUGUGGACACGGAUAACCCAGACGAAAAAUCGAUCAUGACUUAUGUGUCCUCACUUUAUAACGGACUCCCAUCCCUUGUUGAGGUGAUUCAGGUAACAAAAAAUGCAAAAAUUUGCCGAAAAAUGUAUAAAGCAGCUUCUCAAAGCUUGAAAAUAAAAAAAUAUGUCGAAUGGAACACACGACACUUGAAUUUCAAAAAGAUUUCAACGAUUUUUCAACGCUUUUUUAUCGGAUUUUGUGGAAAUUGCUUGAUUUUUUUCUUUAUUUGGCUUUUCUUUUUGAUUAUUUUUAAAAUUUUUUUUGUUGAAUUAUAUGGUUUUGACUAUGAAUUUGCUGAUUUUUCAUGAUUGAUAUGGGCUGAACUUGAAUUGUAGAGCUCGGGAGGCGUCGCCGAAGACAUCAUUGGCCGCUUGGACCGCGGAAUUCAGCUCACCAACGAGCGCUACGACCGCGUUUUGACCCGAAUCGAGCGCGUCGAGGAGAGCUACAAGUCGAUGAGGACCGAGGAAGUCUCAAGAGAAGUGAAUCAGCUGGUUGACGAGCUGGAAAACUCGGCUCAGACCAUCAAAACUCUCUUUGAGGAUGUGGACCAUUUGAGAGAUUUGAAACAUGAACUCUCCGAGGAUUAUUAUAAACGGUAAGAGAGCGAAAAUGGGAGAUUUGGAGUGGAAGGGCCUUGGGUUUUGGUAAAACUUGGAAAUUUUAACUUUCGACCGAUUUAUUGGUCGAAAAUUCGAAAAUUUUUUUUGAUGUAUUGGAAGUAUCUAAAAAACAUGAGCUAGAAUUUUGAGGAAUUGAUUUGUGAACUGUCUAGAGUCUACAGUGAAAAUUUCUCAAAAAUCGACCAGUCGAUUUUUGAGCAAUUUCAAUUUUGACCGGAUUGACUUUUUUUGGAUUUUUUGCCGUAAAUUUUGGUAAAAUUAGAUUGAUCCUACAGCGACAGAUCUGAUCCAGUGGCAAAAAACGUACCAUUUUGCAUCCGGGAAGCAUCAAAAAUGUGGCAAAAUUCUUCCCUCUCCAGGUGAAAAAACUCCGAUUUUCAAAAAAACACCCUUUUUUUUGUGAGAGAAAGGGCGCGCUCUUCAAAACGGAGUUUUUUCACUUUGAGAGGGAAGCAUUUUGCCACAUUUUUCAUACUUGCCGGAUGCAAAAUGGUACGUUUUUUGCCGCUGGAUCAGGUCCCCCACUGUAAAAUACGCUGAAUCCCAAGCUAACUCUACUUUUUCCAGCGUGUUUGGGCUACAUCAACGCCGCAACGCCUACCUGGACCGGUUGGCCGAACGCUUCCCCGACCAUUACGGCCAGUAUUCGAGCAGUUCGGUGAAAACCGAGCGUCGCGACAUCUCCUCCUCGCAGGCGGCGCGCGACGCCUCCGCCCAACGCAUCUACCAACAGCAACAGCAGACCCAACAACAGUCCGAGAGGUAUUUGCAGAAGAGAAAGGCUAACUUUGACCGCCUGAAUGAAGCCAUCCGAUACGUGGAGGAGAAGCUGAACGAAUUGAACAAUAUGCGGUUCGUUGAGGACCUGGAGAAGCUCGAAACCACCUUUGAUCGACACAAGGUGGACAACAGAGACAUUCAGGACUACAGGCAAAGCGUGGACGAAUGCAUCGCCAGACAAGUAGGUGAUUUUGGGAAAAAGGUUGGGCUUGGGCCAAGUGGAAUAUAAUUUUUUGAAUUUUUUGGGGGUUUUUGCGAAAGAGUUUGAUAGUUUUGAGUGUAUUAUGAAAGAAUAGGCUCUGUGGAGUAUUAAUUUAAAAGUUUUUGGUAGAAAAUUUUUGGAUUUUUUUCUUGAAAAUUUGAUUUUUGACCCUAAAGUAAUAUAAAAAUCCUUCAUUUUUCAGGCCGAAAUCUCCGCCGAAGACACUCAUGAGUACUGUAAUUUAUUGGCCAGACUAGAAUCCUCAUACCAACAACUCCGCGACCUGAGCGCCGGCCGAAUGUUGGACCUGGACACGCUGAUCGCCUUCAUCCGCGCCGCUCAAGCCGAACUGGUCUGGAUUCAGGAGCGGGAAACCAUUGAAGUGGCCCGCGAUUGGUCCAGCAUCGCUGCGCUGGACCUCCCAAUGCUCCAGAAUUACUAUCGGCAAUUGCUGCAGGAGAUUGAGAUUAGAGAACGGAUCUUUAAUGAUGUCCAUAAUCAAGGCGCCGCUCUGAUCAAUCAACGUCAUCCCGCCUGUGACGUCAUUGAUGUCUAUCUCAGAUCCAUGCAGAAUCAAUGGGACUGGCUGUUGGGACUUUCGAAAGCUCUGGAAGGCCAUUUGAGAGACGCGAUCAACGUGAAAAACUUUACCGAAGAAGCCGAUAACCUGGAAAUUUCGAUGAGAAAACAAGUCGAACACCUGGAACGCAAUUAUAAUCAGACCGAUUUCACCAUUGAAGAUGGAGAAAGGUUCCUCAGAGAGCUGGACGAGAUUGGAGAAUUCGUGAGAAAGUAUCAGAGCGUUUUGUUGAGUCUCGAUGAACGCGCACAGAGCUUGAGUCCGCUCUGGCAAAGAGGAGAACGAAUCCAUCACCCGACCAAAGUGACGGCCUGGUGUGACUACGCAAAGGAUGGAAUCAACAUCGCCACUGGUGGGUUUUGAGAGGAUUUGGAGGGAAAUUUUAGGGGCUGGGUCAAUUUUUGGGGGUUUGGAUAGUUGUGGGAGAAAAAUUUAUAUUGUACAUGAGGUCAAGGUGAAAAUUGUUGAAAAUUGAAUGAUUUGGAUGAUUUUUGGGGAAAUUCUUUUGUAAAAAAUGACUUAGCGGAAUGUAAGAUUUUAUGGGCAAUUUUUUGGAUUUUUUUUUUUGAGAUCAAAAAUUAUAUUAUCCAUGAGAUGAGACAAAAAAAAAUUUUGGUUUUUUUGUGAAAAAUUCUACUGGAUUUGUGCCAAAAUGGAAAAUUAAGUGCUUAUAAGUGAUUUUUGAAUCUGUUAAAGCAUUAAUUUUAUGUUUUAAGACCAAAAAUUAUAUUAUCCAUGACAUCAAUUUUUCCAGGCGACGAAGUCACCCUCCUGGACAACUACGACCGCCUCAACUGGACUGUCCGUGAUGUAACAGGCCGCCAAGGCGUUGUCCCAUCCGUCGUCUUCAGAAUCCCCCCACCGGACACCAGAAUUUCCGACUUUGUGACCCGUCUGCGCGCUCAGUUCGAUCGCCUCCGCCGCCUCUGGGAGCAGAAGAACCGCCGCAUCCGCUACAACAUGAUCCUGAACACAAUGCGAACAGUGAGAAGCUGGGACCUUGAGACCUUCCUGUCCAUCCCACCAGACCAGCGAGACGAAAUUAUCAGGGCGCUGAAUGAGGACACCCAAAGAUUGCUUUCGGAGCUCCCCGAAGAUGACCCCAUGUACAGAAGAUUGGCUGAAGAGUUGAAGCUCACCAAUGAACACAUUUCGUCGUUGUUGAUCGAGGCCAACAAACCAAAAGGUAGGUUUUUGUGGGGGUUUUGGGAUCAGAUGCCUAGUGUAAUAUAAAAAUGUUGGGUUUUGUAGGUUAACGGUGGGGUAUUUUAUUGAGGCGGUUGAUUGAGUUUUUAUGAGCUAUUAUUUGUCGGAAAAUGAAUUUAGAACUUUUUUUACGAAAGGUUGAGUAUCAGAUGUCUAGUGUAAUAUACAAAUGUUGAGAUUUGUGGUUUAUUGUUGAAAAGUUUGAUUGAAAAUGCUUUUUUAUGGAUAGUUAGGCUUGAAAAUUAAUGAUGACUGUUUUUUUAAAUAUUUUUUAAUAUCAAAUAUCUAGUGUAAUAUAAAAAUGUUGAGAUUUCUGGUUUAUUGUUGAAAAGUUUGAUUGAAAAGGGUUUUUUAUGGAUAGGUAUCCUUGAAAAUUAAGGAUGACUGCUUUUUUGAAAAAUUUUUGGAUAUCAGGUGCCUAGUGUAAUAUAAAAAAAUUCCCAUAUUUGAAUUUAAUGGCGAUUAGGACAUGGGUAUUCUCAUAAAAUGACGAAAAAUCUCUAAUAAUCCAAUUUUCAGAGCCCGACCACUCCCAGAAAUUCGACACCGCCAUCAACGAUUUGCUGCGAAAGCUGGACGAUGCUUGGGAAAUUCUGAAUCAAAGAGUGGGCCAGCCCGUCGCCAACGGCAUCCAACAGCUCUACGAGCACGUGGACACACACAAGAUCUUCGAAGAGAACCUGCAAUCGCUGGAGACGGACGUUUCGAAUGUGAAGGAGCUGUUCCGCCAGAUCCCGAACCCAACUCCAUCCCAAAAAGCUAACCACAAACACCUGAACAACCGCUGGGAAGACCUCUGGGACUUGUCGCGAAUGCGAGUGGAGCUCUUCAAGGUCCUGGAGCACGUUUUGCAGGGCAUGGACGAGGUCUACGACAUUGUGAGACGCCACGAAAUCACUCUGAACUCGUUUGAUGACCUCCCCGCUGCACUAGACAAACUCCGUGGGUGCCACGCUCAACUCCUAGAGUUGAAUAUGGUCCUCCAACAACAGCAGAACAUUGUCGAUGAUUUGAAUCGCAAUGUGGCCAAGUUGCGACAACAUGUCGCCAGAACUCGGCACGACAAAAUCCAACAUGUCGAUGUGGAUAACUUGGAGGAAUUGGUCCAACAAGUGACCGUACGCUGGGAAAAUGUCCAAUCCCAAGUGACGGAGCGACUCCGAACCGCCGAAGAAACUCAACAAAUCAUGAUGGUCUACCGCAGCCAAUAUGAUGAAGAAAUUCAAUGGUUAGAUAGAGUGGAAAGAACUAUUGAAACCCUCAGAAACCCCAAUGAUAUCAGACCAGAGGAACUCCAAGCUCAACUGGAUCAGCUGACCGCAGAAUACGCACAGUUGCAGGAGCACACAACCACCAUUGAAAGCAUCAACCAUGAAGGAGGGAAGUAUAUUCGUGAUGCGAGAGUAAGUUGAAGGAGAGAUGAGGGUUUGAGACAAAAAUUUUUUGGGGUGAAAGCUGGGAAAUUUACUGGUCCGUUUGCAAAGAUUUUUCGAGGAAUUUUUGAUUUUUUAGCGAAAUUUUUGAUUUCUUUUUUUUUUGAAAAAAUUUUUUUCUUGUAGAAAUAAGUGUUUUGUUGUGGAUAAAAUUUUUUUUGAUAGAAAAAGAGAGCAUUUUCACAGGUUUUUGUGAUUUUUUGAAGGAAAUUUUUACUAAAAAAAUUUUUGAAAAAAAAAAAUUAUGAAAAAAUCGCAGUUUGCGAAUCAGCUAUAAGUUUUUUGCUAAUAGCAUCGUACUUGAGGAUAUUUUUUUGGCUUAUUUUUGCGAUUUUUUUACGGAAAAUUUUUACAUAUUUUUCACCAAAAAAAUUGUCUCCCCCAAAAAAUUCAUUUUUCCCCCAAAAAAAUUCAUUUUUCGAUAAAAAAAUUCAGUUUUCCCCAAAAACUGACAUAAAAUUUUGAUUUUUCAGACCUACGACAUGCGUCUCGCCCAAUUCCAUGACGUGGUUGUCAACCAUCACGGUCUCUCGAUCCGAAACGAAUUCCGCCGAAGCGAAAAUCAAUACGAAAACGGCGCUCAGGUCGUCACCAGAGAAUUGGAAGCCCUGAACAGACGCUUUGCCCAAUUGUCGAGCGUGAUUUUGGAGCGCAAGAACAUUGUGAAUCGCCUCAUUCAGAACUGGAGAAGAAAACAACAGGUUGGUGGAGAGAUUUUUGAAAACUUUUUGAGGAGUUUGUAGAUUUAGAAGAGCUGAAAAAGAGAUUAGAACAUGAGUUUUGACAAUUUUAGAGGCUUUUUUAACUGCUUUUUAGAAUUUUUUGCCCAAAAAUUUUUUUGAGAUGGAGUUAGCGGCUAAAAUAAGUGGAAAUUACUUGAUUACAAGUCUUCUCCCCCAAGAAAUUACCUCCAAAUAAUCCCACUAACAUUUUGACAAGGUUCGGAACUGAGUUUCAUCAGUUUAAAGUACGACAACAAUCUACCGAUCGACGUUUUGACCAAAAAAAUUUUUGAAUUUCUUGAAAAUUUGACAUUUUGGCGGUUAAGAGAAUCGAAAAACGCUUUCAAUUCUUAUGUUCUCCCUCCCUUAAAACCCCCCAGCUUUGUAAUAAUUUGGCCGCGAUUACAGCCACCGUAAUCGCGUCGAAAAGCUGUUUUGUAAGUCCAUUUUUUUUAGUUUUUGCUUUUCAUUGUAAAGAUUUCGGCCAAGAAAUGGAUGGAAAAAGGAUGUAAUCUUGCCCGAAACGACGCUUCAUUUUAUUUGCUACGAGUUUUUUUUUUCAUUUGCUGCCAUUGUGAACCCAAGUCUGAGGCGAAAAAUUGAUGAUUUUGGGAAAAAAUUGCAAAAAUUUGUGUGAGAAAAUAGGAAAUCUAUCGUUUUUUGUUGGUCUGUCGCAUUUUUUGGAUGUAAAUUUUCUGAAAAUGUCAAAAAAAAAUGAUGGAUUUUUGACGGAAAUUUUGUUUGAAAUUUUUUCAAAAAAAAAUCAAUUUCUCAAGUUUUGAUUAAAAAAUAGCCGAAAACGAUAAUUUUCCCUCAAAAAUCGUCAAAACCCCAUAAUUUCCCCUCAAAAAUCAUCAAAAUCCCAUAUUUUCCCUCAAAAAUCAUCAAAAUCCCAUAAUUUUCCCUCAAAAAUGAUCAAAAUCCCAUAACUUUCCCUCAAAAAUCAUCAAAAUCCGAUGAUUUCCCCCCGAAAAUAAAGUUUUCCCCACCCACCAAUAGGAACGCUGUCCUCGAUUUUGCGCUAUGUCUCAUAACGAACCCAUUACCGCCCCCAAAAAAUCUCCGAAAGCAUUCGAGAAAACGUUGGCACCCUCCCUGAAUGUAGUUGUCUGUUUUUGAAGUGAUUAGUGAAAAUUUGAUGUAAAAUAGAAAGUUUGAUGAUGUUUGCCGUCUUUUCCAGCAUGUCACUAAUAGAAUAACGACCGGUUUUGCGAAUAGAGACCGAAAAAUAAUGUUUACGAAGGCUUUGUGGUUUGCUGUGCGCUUUGAAUGUCACUAAUAUGUCCCCCGAAUUUUUUACGUUUUCAACUAACCCCCAUGCUAUUAACCGCAUAAUAUUUUACCCAGCCAACGCCUAACCCGCCCUGGAGUCGAUUGGCAGACAAGAAAAUGGAUGUUUAUGAUGAUUUAAGACUAAAAAAUCAAUGUUUUGACCUUGAUUUAGACGAAAUUUUGAAGUUCAAUGUCCAAGAUCUUGUCAGCCAAUCGAAUGUGCAACCUUUUCUCGAAUGCCGCCCAAAAUGUCCCAGUUUUUUGGAAACAUUUUGAAUUUUCUUCAAUUUUUUUGCGUUAUGAGACCUAGAAGCCAAAAAUAAAUUUAGCGUUCGGUGGUUUGUUGUUUGUUUUAUUCAUUUUUUUGUUCGGCGUUUUAUGUUUUUGAUGGUAAAUUAACAGUUGUGAAGUCUCCUCCCUCUAAUUUGAGUUCCUUCUCCGAGUUGGUUGCGUAUGCCGUUGUUUGUGUUUUUAGGAGGAGGAAGACCGACGUCGCGCCGAGGAGGAGCGAAAACUCCGCGAAUUCGAAGAAGCGCGCCGUCGCGCUCUGGAGGAAGCGGACCGAUUGCGGCGAGAACGCGAAGCGGCGGAGGCGGCGAGGCGAGCGAAAGCCGAAGAGGAAAGACGGCGAAGAGAUUUGGAGGAGCUGGAGAGAAAACGCCGCGACGCUGAAGAUGCGGAACGCCGAAGAAGGGAGGAAGAAGAUCGCCGUCGCAGAGACGAAGAAGAACGAAGACGACGUCGCGAAGAGGAGGAGCGACGUCGCCGAGAGGAAGAGGAACGUCUACGGCGCGAAGAAGAGGAACGAAGACGUCGACGCCCGGUAAGAAGCUUCACCUUUUUCACCCUUACUAGUUUUUCCCUUCCUUGGUUGUGGUUUUCAUCUUUUUUUUUGUUUCGCUUCCUUUCGUUCGUGCCAUAACACUAACUGGGAUCGUCGAUUUCCGUAGUAACAUUUUCUGUCAGUUCCACAUUAGCACCUUCAAAAUGUCGUAACACUUGCAUACAGUCUCGGGCUGGAUCAUGUGGCAAAAAUGCAUCCAAAUGUCCCUUGGACUGAAUUAAAAUGCAUCCUUUGCAUACUUUUUCUGGCAGAAAGAGCUGUUUCUUCAGGAGAGGAUCAUGAGAAACAAUAAGACGUUUCUCAUUAUCCUCUUCGGAUGAAGCAACUCUUUUUGCCAGAGGGGAUGAAAGAGGAUGCAUUUUAAUGCAUCCAGGAGGCAUUUAGAUGCAGUUUUUGUCACGUGAUCUUGUCCAGGACUGUGACACACUUCUAUCAAGAACAAAGAAUAAUUGUGAUGAUUUCAGGAACCUUUGAUCCGACAGGCCACCGGAAUGCAACAAGGUUUCCAAGGCGAAGACUACGACACCUUCGAUUCGAUGGGAAAAGUCCCAGACCGCGCUCAUCUCGCCGAACAUGAAGACGAAAUGGAAAGAUUUGAUGAAGAAACGGUUGUGAAGACACAGUUCUACGAAAUGGAAGGAAAUCUCCAUAAACAAACAGGAGAAGUUUUGUCGGUCAUGGAACAACUCCGACAAGGAAUCUUAAACCGACAGGGCGAAUUCUUUGAUAUUGAAUCCGGCCGAAUGAUCUCGCUGGAAAAGGCGGUGGAGAAGGGUCUAAUCAAAGAAGAUCUGCAGACUCUGUUGCACUCUUCGUUUGGCUUACGCCACCCAGAAACCAAAGAGUCGAUUAAUCUCCAACAAGCAAUCCAGAUCGGCCUUUAUGACCCCGAGAUGAGGCAGCUGAGAGACAUCCAUACGCAGGAGAUUUUGCAAUCGUAUGAUGAUGUUUGUGACACAAGUACUGCUCGUCAAUUGAUGAACAUGAACAUUCUUAGAAUGCCUCCACUUUCAGUUGAUACUGCGUUGUCGAAGCACAAGAUCAACCCAGUGACUGGAGACUUUGCCUCGAAGGUUGACAAAGACUCGACAAUCACCUUGGCCGACGCUCUGGCCAAUGGAUAUCUGCAGUUCUCGAAGCAAGGAGCUCCAGGACUUGCCCUAAGUUUAAGCGAUUGUAUUCGCGAGGAAUUUGUUGACAUUUCGAACGGAACUUUUGUCGACAAGAAUCUUGAUGAUAAUGUGGCAGGAAAACGAUUCACUUUCCGUGAUGCUUUGGCAAGAGGAAAGGAAUUGAUCAACGAAGGAAUUUUGGAGAUCAUCAAUACUCAAACCAACCAGAGAAUCACGUUGAAUGAAGCCAUCAGGUGCAAGUCGAUUGACCACAAAGAAGGCAAAUUCCAAGACUUGAAGAAUCGAACCCAUCUGACGCUUGGUCAAGCUUAUGAUCGAGGAUACAUUGGAAAGCCUUUGACUCUCACUGAAGCCGUUGAAGAAGACGCCCUUGACCUGAGCGGCCGAUUCUAUGAGAAAGGAACUACCAACAGAUACACUCUGAUUGAAGCGGUUUCUCAUGGCCUCUUAGACGGGCAUGUCCGCCAUAUCGUGGAUAAGAGCGAAAACGAUGUUGUCAGCAUUAUCGAAGCUCUCGAGAGAGGAUUGUUGUUGGCAACGGGAAAGAUUGUCCUUGAAUUGACCCCAGAUGGAAAACCCAACAAUCCGAUUGACUUGUUCGAAGCCAAACAUCGAGGAAUCCUCAUCAACAGACAACGCCACAGCAUUUUCGAUGUAAAGGCCAUCCGUAUUGGUGACCGCAUGUUGAGCUACAAUGAAGCCGCCAAUGAAGGACUUCUUGACGAGAAAACUGAGACCAUCAACCAUUUGUCUUUGCAAAGCGCCAAGGAUCGCGGAGUUCUCGAUGAACUGCUUUUCAACAUUCUUACCGAGAAGAUUGGAAUCAAAGAGGGAGGAAGAGAAUUGUCUCUGAUUGAAGCCGUCAACGCUAGAUUUGUUGAUCCAUAUAAAGGAGUCUUCUUUGAUGGAACGACUGAAAUGUCAGCCAAGGGUGCGUAUGAUGAAGGGUUUAUCACUCUUCGGGGAGCCAUGCGUCUUGCCGGACUACUAAAUGUCCAUCCAUCCUUGAUUGUCUCGCAGAAGAAGCUGGACAGAAAGAAGAGAAUUGCCCGUCCGGGUCAAAGUAUUGGAGAAGGUUCAAUGAGAGUGACCGUUGAAGAAGCCAUGAAACAAGGUCUCAUUGAUGGAUCUACUCAGAGAUUCAGACAAGGAAACAUUGACUUGUCCCUCCAGGAAGCUCUGGACAGAGGUCAUGUCAAAUUGGAUGACGAAUGGAUUGUGCCCAAACGCCACUCCGCUGCCGGGCCAACGAUUGAAGAAAAGACGACAGAAUCUGUUACUGAGACCGGUCAACAACUCGCACCAAAGAUCUUCCCCGACAAACAAUUGGAGGAGAAUAUCCAUACGGUGAAAAGAGUCAAGAGAACCGAGACCUCGGCCGUUGGAGGGCCUGGAGGAGUAUCCGUUUAUAGAGCCAUCGCUGGCGACAAAGACUCGGUUGAAGUUCCGGCCGAUGGUUAUCAUAUCCUGGAAGCUGAACGAAAGGAUGUUGUUGAUUUAAAAACCGGAGUCGUUAGAAUUGGAGAUAGAGUUCUAAAUGUCAGAGAAGCUUUCGAUUGCGGCGUAUUGAACCCAAAAUCAAUCUACAUCCGAGACAGUCGAACCAACCGGCAAUUGAAUGCAUUGGAGGCUCUUGAUGCCGAUAUUAUGGAUCAGAAUGGCUUUAUAAACCAUCACGGAAGGCUUAUUUCUUUGAGAGAAGCCAUUGAUGAUCGCGUGGCACGAGUUGAAGCCGAGCCACCAGCCGUUCUCCGCGAACAGAACAAUAAAGUCAUCCAAUUCGACAGAAACAGCGGCCAGAUUCUCAGCUUCCGACCAAUUGGUCAACCCCAGGUCGAAGAGCACGUGACCAGCUGGACCUUCGAUUCAUCUACAGGAAAGAUGACCGAUGAAAGCACCGGCGAAAUUUUGAGUCUUGAUGCUGCCCUUUUGUCCGGAAGAAUCAACACUGAAGAUUGGUUUGCUGUUGACACGUUGAGUGGCCAACAGUUGAGCUUUGAGGAAGCAAAGAGAAAAGGCAUCAUUGUCAUCAGAGGAAGCGAACAUUACUACUUUGAUAAGGAGAAUAACACUCGUCAUUCUUUUGCUGAAGCCGCCCAACAACAAAGAAUUUACCCGAGUGGUGGAGUCCCAGAGAAUGCUGGAGAUGCGGUCCAUACGACUGUGAAGAUUCAAACGAGAUCAGUUGUAACUCAGAAAGAAGCUGUUACUGAGAAACCCGGGGCAGGCUAUAACCUCCAUCGCUUCAUUGAGAGUGGACUUUAUAAUCCAACAACUGGAGAAUUCACCCAUCCGGAAACGGGUAACGCCCACACCAUCAGAAGUUUGGUAAUGAAAGGAUUUAUCGACCCCGUGAACACUCGGGUCCAUGACCGCCGAAGAAAUGAGUACAUCAGCAUUAUUGACGCCAUCGAGAAGAAGAUUGUGGAUGUUGUAGAAGGAAGAGUUGAGGAUACUGCGACAGGAAGACGCCUCGACUUCGCCGAAGCUCUAAGAGAAGGCCUGGUCAGAGAAAAUGCCUUGCCAGCCGCGAUUGAAGGGCCAUCUGGCAAGUACAACAUCGAGACUGGUGAAUAUCGCUCCAGAUCCGCUGCGAAAUCAACCUCACCCGGUAAGAUGAUUUUCUGAUUCGAAAUAUGGAUGACUUAUUGCAUCAUAUAUCGAUGUCAUCUUUUCGGAAAUAAUAGGAAUGUUUGUAGGAUGGGCAUAAACAGACCCAUAACCAAGCAUUUAUCAUAGCCAAAGAGUUCUUUCAAUGCCAUAGACGCUACAUUAAUCAAAAGAAGAUAUAAAAACCUCUAGCUCGCCGAAAACACACUUACAUUUCUGUUUAUGAACCUCGAUAGUGCCAAUAAACCAUUGACUUUCUUUUAUGAUAGUGCCAAUAAACGUUGUCAUAUUUACACUCUUGGAUUUAACUCGCUUUCUUUGUAGUUCGCUCCUUGGGAUCGGUCUCACCACGGCUUCAAGAGCGAAAGCUCAAACUUACCCCUUUUGCACAAGAGCCGGAACCCCGCUCUUACUCACCACACCGUCCAACUUCCAGCACCUCGUUUGUACGGAGUCAGGUCUCCACAAUUGAACACUCGAACGGCAGUGGAGCUGUUGUUCCUGCUUCGAAUGGAAACACCAGACUGGUCGAUUUGGGAGGAGGAAAAAAUGUCAUGGUCAACGUGAUCAAGGACCCGGAGACCGGAAUUGAAAAAGGACAGUAUUUGGAUCCAGCGUCGGGCAUGAAAUUUACGAUUCAACUCCAUGGAGAUCCGCAUGUCACACAGACCACGACCAAUGUCAGAUCGUCGUCAAAAGUUCAGUCAGUUGAACUUGUCCCACACGCUGAAUUCGUCGGGAUCGACUUGAUCAGAGAUAACCGAACCGGCAAAGUUAUGAAGCUGGAAGAUGCGCAAAGACAAGGCUUGGCUAAAGUUCAUAAGACCAGCAAAGAAAACACCAAGACUUAUUCGGCCUUCAGAUCUAACAUUGAAGUCGCUGUUAACAAGGGAAUUCUCAACAAGUGGGCUGACAAAGUCUCGGUAGAAGAGGCCAUCAAAGAAGGUGUUUUGGACAUUACGAACUUGGCUUAUAUCCAUCCACACACCCACGAACACAUCCCAAUUGCAAAAGCUGCCAAUAUGGGACUCGUGGACGUGACUUUGGCCGAAACCCUGCCAAAAGGAGUGUUGAAUCCAGUGAACGGAGAGAAUAUCUCAGUUCAGGAAGCCAUUAACCUCGGAAUUAUCUGUCAAAAAACUGGAGAGGUCAAGAAUCCGCAACGACAAGAGCGUUUGACUUGGCUCGAUAUCACCAAGCAGGUUUAUGCCGCCAUCUCAAGCCAAGGAGUUUAUGACCCAACGAAAGGAUAUUCGGUCCCGAUAACUGCGGCAUUGAAUGAUGGACUUAUUGAUGUGACUACUCAGAAAUACAGAAACCCAAUUUCUGAAGAGACAUACACUUUGGAGGAGGCGCAAAAGAAGGGAUUACUGGACGCCGAUUCGUUCAAAAUCUUGACCAGACCUUUUCUCCAGGACUACAGAACCUACAGACAGCUGAAUUUGGUCCAAGCCGUCGAUGCAGGUCUCAUUGACACCAAGAAUAGAACAGUUCAGACCGGCGCGGAUAAGAUUCAGCCAUUCAGAACGGCUAUUCAAGAAGGAAUCAUCCCUCGCGAUAUUGGAGAAGCUUUGAAGAAGGUGGAUAAACUCACGUUUGCUGAAGCUGUUGGAAAAGGGCUGAUUGAUAUCGCAAAGAACACUUUCACCGACCCGGACACUGGAAAGACCCUGUCGGUUCAAGAAGCCGCUGGAUCCGGACUCGUUGACAUCGGAAGCUACGGGCAGGAAAACGAAACCAACCUGGCAAAUGUCAUCCAAUCCCACACCUUCGACCCCAGUUCUGGAAGAGUCAGAGAUCCCAAUAGUGGGCUUAAUGUCCCAUUCAGAGAUGCUAUCGAGAGAAAGUUGAUUGAUCCAGACUCGCUGAUUCAUGAUCUGGACUCCUCAAGAACCCUGACUGUCCGCGAAGCGAUCUACGCCGGAAUUUUGGAUUCGAACGGAAGAUAUCAUGACAAGAAAACUAACAGCUUCCAAUCCAUUGUCGACGCCGAAAAGCAAGGUCUGAUCGCACUUAUUGCCUCUCCAAUGCAAGCAGCUCAUGCUGUAGCGGAAGCCAUUAAAAGAAAGGAUUCCGAAGGCGUGAGGUACAAGUUUGGAUCACUGGACGACACCUCACUCCAUCGACAGAGCUUGCCGAAGGUCAAGGAAGAGCAAACCAUCUUCAGGAUUGCCCCAAAGAGGGCUGAACCAGGCCUCUCGGUCAGAGUCAGGUCCAAUGUCAGCGAUGAUCAUCGAUCGUCUCGUGGAAGAUCAUUGGUUGAGGAUCCUGUUGCUUUGGCCGACCUUCAAGACGAAUUUUUGGACAAACUGAAACAAAAGGGAUUUGAUAUCGAAAGCAGAGUGGUCGAAAAUCCAUCGACAAUGCAGAACGUCUCGCUCAGAGAGGCGGUGGAAACCGGACUUUUCGACGUCCCAGCGCAAUCCAUUGUCCAUCCAACCACCGGCAGACAUUACCCAUUGGCCAAAGCCGUUCACAUGCGAAUGAUCAGAGAUGAGGCCGGCAAGAACCUGUUGAAUGCGCUCAAUAUCUCCCAUGACGAUCUGGGACAACUUUCCCCUGGACUUUUCGGCUCAUCAUCGCACCUCGCGGCGCAUUCGCCCGCCCCAAUCGGCGAUGAUCCAAUCCUAGCGCAAGCCGGAAGGAAUGGAACACAGUUUUCGGAACAAACCUUCAAUGAAAAUAAUGGAACGACCACAAAACGAACCGAAACUUAUGUUUCGCCCGAUGGAACGACAAAAACCACGACUUACAGCGAAACUACCCGUCGUCACUAUGAAUAA